UGUGUCUGUCGGCGGGGGAGGAGAUCACAGACUCGGGCUCUAGUAGGGUGUGGACGCUGGAAGAGUGUCGGUCCGGACUGUCCCAGUCAUCACUGUUGGUCCACUCCAACUAAAAAGCGGCCUUCUAAACAGUGUAGCGCAGACACCAGACACUUGCCCUGAGGCUGUGAAGAGACUGUCCCAUCGCACCCUUCCCGUGGCUGGAUGUUCUGUCAGACCCUCGCCUGUCGUCUUUAGGGUACAGCAGCAUCAGACGCCUCUCCCAGGACACUCCUGGUAGGGGACGAACGAUUCCUGUAGCGUGAGAGGAGAGAGGGUGCCGAGAUGGAUGACAUCUUCACUCAGUGCCGUGAAGGCAACGCGGUAGCCGUCCGCCUCUGGUUGGACAACACAGAGAACGACCUAAACCAGGGGGAUGAUCACGGGUUCAGUCCGUUGCACUGGGCGUGCCGUGAGGGCCGUUCAGGUGUCGUGGAUAUGCUCAUCAUGAGAGGGGCGCGCAUCAAUGUCAUGAACCGCGGCGACGACACACCCCUGCACCUGGCUGCGAGCCACGGCCACCGUGACAUUCUGGCCAAGCUGAUCCAGUGCAAAGCAGAUACCAAUUCAGCAAACGAGCACGGCAACACCCCUCUCCAUUACGCCUGCUUCUGGGCCCACGACCUGGUGGCAGAGGAUCUGGUCAAUAAUGGUGCUCAGGUGUGCAUCUGCAACAAGUACGGAGAAACUCCACUAGACAAGGCCAAACCACCGCUUGCCGCACAUCUGAAAGAGCUGGCGGAAAAACAGGGACAAAGCCUGACCAAAGUUCCUUUCAAGGACACUUUCUGGAAGGGAACCACUCGAACGCGACCACGUAACGGCACACUAAACAAACAAGCUGGAAUAGAUUAUAAGCAGCUCUCCAUGCUGGCCAAGAUCAACGAGAACCACUCUGGGGAGCUGUGGCAGGGCCGCUGGCAGGGCACAGAGAUUGUGGUCAAGAUGCUGCAUGUGCGGGACUGGACUACAAGAAAGAGCCGUGACUUUAAUGAGGAGUACCCUAAACUAAGAAUCUUCUCCCACCCAAACGUGUUGCCCAUGUUGGGGGCGUGUCAGUCUCCACCUGCCCCUCAUCCAAUCAUAAUUACACACUGGAUGCCCUAUGGCUCCCUUUACAAUGUGCUUCAUGAGGGGACCAACUUUGUUGUGGAUCAGACGCAAGCAGUGAAGUUUGCUUUGGAUAUAGCGUGUGGAAUGGCUUUCCUGCACACACUGGAGCCCAUGAUCCCUCGGCAUUAUCUCAACAGCAAGAGCAUCAUGAUUGAUGAAGACAUGACAGCCAGGAUAAGCAUGGCAGAUGUGAAGUUCUCCUUCCAGUGUCCCGGCAGGAUGUACUCUCCCGCAUGGGUGGCACCUGAAGCCCUGCAGAAGAAGCCAGAGGAGAUUAACCGGCGCUCUGCAGAUAUGUGGAGUUUCGCUGUGUUGCUCUGGGAGCUCGUCACCAGAGAGGUGCCCUUCGCUGACCUCUCAAACAUGGAGAUUGGCAUGAAGGUGGCACUAGAGGGACUGCGGCCCACCAUCCCGCCGGGCAUUUCGCCCCACAUCUGCAAGCUAAUGAAAAUCUGCAUGAACGAGGACCCUGCCAAGAGGCCCAAAUUUGACAUGAUUGUGCCCAUCCUUGAGAAGAUGCAAGACAAAUGAAAUGGCCCUGCUGGACGACUCCCUCAAACACUGAGUUCACAGUAUUGCCUUAAAAUUCACCACUCACCAAAGUGCUCUAUGCCACUGUAGCCCUCUGCUAAAGAAAAAUGCUUUGUGGAAAUGCUGUUGAACAUUUUUAAAAGCCACGUUCUCAUUAUCGCCUAUAUUCUUAUAUGCAAUCAUUGAAUAAUGACAUGUGUUUGUGCAUAUAAAUGUUCAUCAGUCCUUUUCUAUAGCCAUUAAACAGGAAGUGGUGGCCGCAACAGCCCUUGGACGCAGUGAAUGUACAGUAAAAUUAGUUUUCAAAUCCACUCCCACAUUUUAUGCAUCCUUUUGCUCAUUUCACUCCGUUAAAAAGACAUCACAGAUCAUUUCAUCAGCUUAAAAUCAAAAUAAUUAGCAAAUGUGUAUACAACAGCCAUUGUUAGUAUUUAAAGCAUCGUGCCAUUGUCUUUCACUGUGCGUUUUCUUUGGAUUGUCCCUGAAAAUAAAAGUUGAUAGGCUCGAGUUUGCUUGAGAUUUGUUUUAAAAAAUAAAAAAAACGCUGCAAUAAUGCAAUGGCUAAUGCCAGUUUUAUGCCUUAUGCAAAAAUUAACCAAAAUAUGAAGUGCCCAUAAUAUCAUGAUUGUACUGUCUCUCUCAUAGCAGGGAGAUACAUAUUAUAAAAACAUGUGAUG